AUGUCUGCCGCCGUCAUGUCGAAUUAUUACUCAUCGCAGCUCCAGGUGCACAACUGGAUGCUGGCGCAGAUGUCCCAAUACCCUCCGCCGCCAGAUGGCCAGCAGCAGCAGUACAACAACCUCUACCCGACCCAGCCCGGCGCCCAGCAGCAACUCCUCGACCCGGCACAGCAGGAGCAGCUGCAGUUCAGCAGCCUGAACCAGCCCAUCUACCCGAAAGUCGAAGGCCAGCACCCACGCCACAGUCCGUCGAGCCAGCACAUCCAGAGUCUGGCCCAGGAACUGCAGCACCAUGCCGCAAUCGAGGAGCAGCAGCAUCACCACAUGCACCAUGUCACCCACCAGAUCCAGCAGCCAACGCCCGUAACGAGCCACCCCACGAGCGCUGGAGGACUCUCGAACCCUCCCACGCAGACUUCGACACCUGAGCAACCGCAGAAGACGAAUCGCCUCCGCAAAGCAUGUGACUCGUGCAGUAUUAGGAAAGUAAAGUGUGACGAGACUGGACCGCCAUGUCGAGCGUGUGCGGCACUCGAUAUCCCGUGCACCUUCGACCGACCUAGCAGGAGACGAGGACCGCCGAAUCGACAUGCCGAAGCCAUCAAGCGCAGACGACUCGAAGAACAGCAAAGUGCAGCAGCCUCGCCUGCGGGCAUGUCUGGAACCUCCUCGCCAGCAUCACCCACGCACGCCGCACAAGCUCUAGCGGCGCUCUCUGGCCACUCUUCCGCGCCACUAUCGGCAGAAUCAAUCUGCCCAAUUGAGACGCUGGACCUACUGAUCGACGACUUCUUCACCUACAUCCACCCGCUUUGCCCCUUCCCACACAAACCCAGUUUCCGCGAGGCUUGGAAGCGAAGAGAAGACCUAACGAACAAGUCAUUCCUGGCACUGCUGGCAUCGAUGAUCGGUGCCCUCGUGGCAUCAUUCCCGCGGAAACCACGACUACACCUCAAGGCACAAAAGCGCGAGAACCUGUUCCCCAACCACAUGAGCCUGGUACACAGAUGCCAGAAGGUGUGCGCAGCAGCACGUGGUGCCGGCUACCUUGAGAGCGACAGCUUGAACGUGUACGAUGCGGCCACCAGCUACUUCCUCGCGUUGAUGGGCAUCUACACAUUCAGAUGGCGUCUGGGUCGGCUAUACUUCGGAGAGUGCUUAACGAUCCUCCGAACUCUUGGGCUGCACAAGGCGAAGGGCCAUGGCUACAACCAGAUGGGCAACCUGCCGAGUGCGAUGGGCUCUCAUCACAGCGCCGAGAACGGUGUGGAGCAGAACCUCGACAACAUCACCCUCGAGAUGGGCCGCCGCAUCUUCUGGACCAUGUUCGUCAGCGUAAAGUCGAUGGAGCAGCUGGGUGCCAACUUUGGCGAGCUCGUGAUCCCGCCGCCUACCCACACGGAGCCCUACCCUCCUCUGCCAGCCGAAGUUGACGACUUCUGUAUCUAUCCGACACACACUGAUGAACAGCCCCAAGGACUGGUGCCCAUGAUCGCUGGCUUCAACGCAAACGUGCGAGUAUACAGCUCGUACAACGCAUUGGCCACAAUGGAAAUGGCAUGGGGUAUUGAUGCCAUCGUCGACUGGGAUCGGCAAAAACGCGUGCUCCACGAGUCUCUUCGCCGCUGCAAGGGUGCCAUGACCGACCUUCCCACGGACCUUACUGUUCAGACCAGCACCAACAUGGGCACGCCAAACCAAAGCAACGGCAGUUUCUACCCGGCAUUUGCACAGCCUCAGCUUGGUAGAGAUCCAGCAGCGUCACUCAUGAGCCCUUCCUCGCGUGUUGCCCAAGAACAACCCCCCGAGGAGCGCCGUCGUUCGCAGUACGAGAUCCAGAAAGCCAACAUCUACGCUUCAAGUCUGGCUACACGCUCAUACCUGGUCGAGAAGUACUGGAACCUCACGGAGGCUCAUCAAAGAUCACGGUCCCAGACCAACCCCAGCUCGAUGCCAAGCUCUCCUGGAGCAGGCAUCACCGCUGCUGGCAUUGAUGGCAUGAUACCACAACAGCCAACUAGCCACUUCGACUUGAUCGAACAGGAGAUGCGCGAAGAGAGAGAAAGCAUUGUCAAAGAUCUGCUUGUCGUACUGGGCAGCAUUGACCAGGUCAACAUGGAGCCCAAUGCCGACUCUUUUACCAUGAAGAUUCGCUCCAUCGCAAGCACUCUGCUAGAAGUGCCAGACCAGCGCAAGGGCCCAUUGGCCAUGCAAGCUCAAGAAUACUUGAGCGCUUUCCUCAAGAUCCUGAUGAAGCUCGAGCGCGUCAGUCCAGCCAACAGCAACAGCGACGAGCCGGAAGAUGAAGACGUCGAGCUGAGAUCUUGGGCAGACUUGAGGGAUUACCAGUUGAAGUUCGCGCAGCAGGGAGGUCUACUUGGGUUGUCUUGA